AUUCUCAUCACAGACAAAGAAAGAAUCAUAUUCCCUCCCUACAAUUUUAUAUUUAUAUGCAACAAAUUUCACCAACAUCCAAUCAUUCACCACUGCAACAACUUCAUCUUCUCCAAUUAGUUACCAAGAGAACCUGCAACUAUCAAGAAACUUAAGAAUCAACUCAUCAGCAGGUUUAUUGGAGCAAAAUUACAAGAUAUCAUUAUAAGCAGUUCUUCAGAUUCAUAUAGUGAAUAUGGCCAAUGUAGUGGAGUUGAAGGUAGGCUUACACUGCGAUGAAUGCAUUAAGAAAAUCUUAAAGACCAUCAAGAAGAUUGAAGAUAUAGAAACAUACGAUAUUGACACAAGAUUGAACAAGGUUACUGUAACUGGCAAUGUGACAACUGAAGAGGUCAUCAGGGUUCUUCACAAGAUUGGGAAACAAGCAAGUAUAUGGGAUGAAAAUUCAGCAAACUAGACUAUCAUGCCAUUCCUACUCUAUAUUAAAGGCCAUACCUGCAUCAGUUUAAAGCAUCAGAGAUAUUAUAACAAGCAAAUUGAUGAUACAGGCUAAACUAAAGCCCCUGUGAAAUACUAAAUUUCUGUUUUCUUGGGUUUGUUUGUUUUAUUACAUUCUGUGAAAGGGAUUUUUUGUGCACUAUGUUUAUUAAAGAGUACUAAUGAACUUUUGGAGAA